AUGGCCAAAGCCACUAGUCUUUUGGAGGAGAGAGCCUGGAGCUGUAAUGUUAUGAUGUAUCCAAGGAACAAUUCACGCUAUGCCUCUAUAAUCGCUCGCAAUGACAAAGUGAAAUCGAGGUUUAAAGACAUACUUGUGGCCGCAUGUCGUACUCCUUGUGAUGUUGCUAGUCAUUCAGAGUCAUCCCCUCUCUCUCUCCAAUAUGAGGUCAAUCCUAAGGAAAAGUUGUCUACAACGUUUAUUUUUAAUAUAAUAAAACCUCUCUCCCUAAUUACGGACGGAGCCCUUAUGAUUGUUGACUACGAGCAUGGAAUCUGUGACAAGGUUGAAGCAGAAAUGCGCAAAGCCCUCAGCGAUAAGAUCUCUGUGGUAUUACUUAUCAACAACGUCGAUUCAUGCUUCUAUUUUGAAGGUGAGAAAGUAUACCAAAUACUGUUCAAUAUAGUCAAGAAUGUAAAUUCCAUUAUCAAGGAAUUCAAAGAUGCAGAUGAGGUUUGCCCGGGAAAAGGCACUGUUAUCUUCACUUUUGGAUUGAGUGAUUCUGCAUUCAACCUUUCUAAAUUUGCCACUGACGGUUCUGUGCCGGAAAAGCUUUGGGGUGACAACUAUUACGACCCAAGAUACUCCAAAUGGUACAGUAAGAAAACAAAAUCUGCUUCCUGCAAACGGGGUUUUGUGCACUUUUGUUACGAGCCUAUUAAGGAGAUUCUUCGACAUGCUUCUGAUAAUGAGAUAGGGAAAUUGUGUUGUCUGGCAGAAAAGUUGGGAAUUGAUGUUAAUUGCCAGGAGAAGUCAGACGGGAUGACUUUGAUGAAGUCUAUUAUGCAAAAAUGGCUUCCAGCAGACUCUUUGUUAGCUGAAAUGAUGAUCUCUCAUCUUCCUUCGCCUGUCACAGCUCAACAGUGUCGUUUUAGUAUUCUGUAUACAGGUGAUGAAAGUGAUAAGUAUGCACAAGCGAUAAGUUGUAAUCCAGAUGGCCCUCUAAUGCUUUACGUGUCUAAUUACGAAGAUAAGUCCUCAGUUUUGGGGCGCGUAUAUUCGGGUAAUGUCUCAACAUGGAUGACAGUGAGAGUAAUUCGUCCAGCCUAUAGAAGUGGUGGCAAGGAGCAUACAUGUUGUGUUAAACUUUGGGAUGAAAACAAGACAGGUUAUGUGGAAAAAGUCUCUUCUGGUAGUCUGGUUGUAUUGGAAAGUGUCUGUAAGUUCUAA